GUUAGCUCUCACCGAUUAUUAACCUUACCUGGUUUUGCUAGCAAAUUUUCCUUUUUCAGCUGCUUUCUAACUAACGCAAACCGAAACCAUGAUGAACGGUGGUUGCCGGUUGUUCCCAGCAUCUGACAAUGCAACUGAACUGUAAUGUGCAAGUUUGCCGGCUGUCAUUCUGGCUGUUCAAAGAGAAGCUUCAGCUCGAUAUUACUGCGCAGUGUUUCAAGUUCUAGUUUUAGUGCGCUCUGACUCAUGCAGUUAUUGAAUUUACAUCGUGCAUGCAACGAUUUCAUAACAUAUCGAUGCAUGGCGGUAAUACUACACAGUUCGCCUAAUUUGUGGCCGGUAAACCGUUUUUCUCUUGCCACCGGGUUCGAUGGUUGGCAUCAUGCAGUUUUUGCAUAUUUUUCUCCCAACUCUGAUGUGGGUUUCAACAGCCGGCAGUGCAACCGGCAUUCAGUAUGUGGUGUUUGGAUUGAACAGCGCGCGGUCUAACAGUUUGUUUCCCGUAUCCAUUCUGGUGCUCAACGCCACAUCGGAAGUGCGCAUCGAUAUGGCGCUGAUUGGAAGGCCCCCUGCCACAUCGUACGGGCUUUACUCUAACUACGAUUCCGGCGAGAUGCUGCUUUACGCGUCCGCUUCAUUGAAAGGCGACGACCGGUUCCUGGUAUUCAAUGCAUCGGCCGUCAUCCAGGCCAAUAAACUGGCUCACCUGGAGAUCGACGUGGGUGACCUUUCCGCAAUGGUUAAGGAACCUAUGGUGUUUGUCCUUAACGGAUCUGACCCGUCGGACUCGUUUCGCACCGGGUUUUCACCAAUUAAAAUCGAAAACAACGAGACCACGACAGUAACGAAGAAAGCGAAAACCAAGCGCAGACCGGUUGUUUUCAUACAGACUGAUCAGCCGCUGUACAAGGCUAACGACACUGUGCGCUUCCGAGUCGUAUCGGUGGAAUCGGUGGACGGCCAUCUGCGACCUGUGUUCGUGCCCUUUAAUGUGCAGAUUCUGGAUCCUCAACGCAAUAAUGUGCAACUGAACAGUAACGCAGAUGACUCCCAAGUUGUCGGAUACUUUUCUGGGGAAAUGCCAUUGUCGUCGGAUCCGCUGCUAGGCAGUUGGACAGUGCGGGUGGUCCGCACAAACAAGAGCAUCAAUGCCAAUUGCCUGGGCUACACCACUCCCAGACCCUACGGGAGUAGUUAUGAAAGCAGUGGUGGUUGGGAUGGUAACGGUUACAAUGAUGAUGACAUAAAGAAACGUAACAGUGACCACGAUCAAAGUAUUUGCGACCCUGUUGAAUACCAGGAUACGGUGUUGGCCAGUAAAGACUUCUCCGUUGAAGCAUUCGAUGUGCCGCGGUUUGAUGUCAGAAUAAUAACAUCAAAGACCUACAUCGUCCCACGGAUGGAGGAAAAUUUCCGUUUCCAGGUCGUGGCUAAUAAUGCAUCUGGACAACCUGCCAGGGGCACUUUCGAUGUGGGGGUACUUCGCUCGCAUCGUGAAGAAGGUUAUGCACGCUACGAUGUAUUUGACCCGAUGUGGAACCAGACAAUUUCUGCGGACAACAACGGAACAGCGUCGAUUUCCGUCCCGGCGCAAUUCCUUUCCAAUCUCACGGAUGAAUCAAAAAUAACCAUUCGAGUUAAUUUCACGGAAACCGUAACCGGUCAGAAGUGGAAUGCUGUUCCCGCAACAGUAUCGGCCAAAACCAAAGCAUACAAUAUUCGAUUCCAGGACGACGCAAAGACGUUCAUCCCUGGAUAUCCGUACACGCUCAAAGCUACCAUCACCGAUUGGGAUGGGCGUCCGCCACCUCCCAGCACUAAGAAAGCCAUAACUGGAUUAAUGGGCUUCUUUUACUUCGAAGGUCACGCAAAGCGCGUAUCAUCGUCGGACACUGUACGUUGCCGGGGGAAAAUAUACCCACCGCCUCACUGGGACGCUUAUGAUAGUAGUUAUCGUGGUGGUGCUUACGGUGUUGAGACCAACGGCGGUGGUUUCGGUGGCGGUGGUCACGGUGGCGGUGGUUACGGCAAAAAGAAUCUAAGUACCGGCUUUGGAAUCCAUGGACCGGUCAGCUCCUACAGCUCUAGUUCUGAUGGUUCCGACUGUCAUCCCUUCCCUGGUCUAAUGUUUGUGGAAGUGGACGUUGAUGGGAGUAUUGGUGCCAGUUUGCCGACUCCAAAGAACGCGACUGCAGCGGCGGUAAUAGUGUAUUACCAAGGAACAUCGGAAACCUUAAUACUCUUUGGUAAACAAUCUCCGAGCGGCAGUUUCCUAGAGAUCAGUCAGGUUUCGAACGAUCUUCAGGUUGACAAAGUGGCCGAGUUUGCUGUUAACACUACGACGCGGACCGAUCAACCUAUUCACAUCGUGGUUCUUUCAAGUUCCAAUGCAAGUUUCUUAUGGAGUGAUUCAAUUUUAAGACCCGGUCAAUUUAUUAACAUAUCCGUACCAAUUACCGCUGCGAUGAGUGCAUCCGGACGACUCAUUGCGUACUAUGUGGCAAGUGACGGUGAACUCGUUGGGAAUAUUAAGGCGUUUUCGGUUCUCAACGAUACGACGAAAAAUGUCAUGCUAUCAGUACAAGCAAAGAGCGGUUUACCAUAUGCGGAACCGGGAGCGGAGAUCUCCAUACGAGCUCACAGCAGUCCUUCUGCGUUCAUUGCAUUUCUUGCAAUGGACGAAAGCCUUUUGCUGCAGAAAUCUGGCAACGAUAUUACUCAAAAUGUUUUGGAUACUAAGCCGAAACCGCAACAAAAAAUGCAGCUGAGUUAUAUGCAGUCCGUUGAAGACUACUUUACGAAAGCCAUCGAUUCUGGGCGGGUACAGCAAUUUCUUCUGACGAACACAAAGCUGUCCACGACAUCCGUUCCAAGCGCCCAAUAUUACUAUUCGUCCAAUUCUGGAUACAAUCAAGGAUCCGGAUUUGGUAGUGGAGGAGGUUCAUACGAUUCCUAUGCGGGGUAUUCGUCGGCAUCGUAUGGAAGAGGUGACGGGCCAGCGUCUCCGUUUGAUUCCGGAUUACAGCAACCGGCUCAGACACGCAGAGACUUUCGUCAAAGUUUCCUCUUCGAGACCGCUUGGGCCGACGCAAACGGCGAUGUUGAAUUGGAGCGUAAAGUGCCAGAUGCCAUCACGACCUGGCGAAUCUCGGCGUUCAGUCUGAGCAAUACCAGCGGGCUAACGGUCACUUCGGAGCCGGUCAAGUUGAAAGUUUUCCGACCAUCAUAAAACAUUGGACGAGUUGGACAGUUACGCGAAUUUUAGAGACUCAAGAGACGGAACUGUCGUGACCUCACAUCCGUACUGACCGACACAAAACAGAGCUGAACAUACUACAGCUGGCGUUGCUACAUCACAGAAACAUUUAACAUGAAGUAUCUCGUAUCGAGUAUGUGGCAUGAAACACAAAACGAUAAGCAUGAAUUAGGGAAACACUGAAACAUGAUGUAGCAUUCGGAAACCGGUGAAACAGUAAACGUUUCGUGAUUCAUGACUUGUUGUGGGCUUUGAGCUUGAUAAUUCGUUGUUUGAUUGCUUCGUGUAUCCUUGCUUGUUUGGUAUCGUAAAUUUGAACUUAAUGCAUAAAUGUUUCAUAUAUUUGAAGGGUUACAUAUGUUUCACAGGUUUCACGUGAGCUUCAAGUGCUUCGUGCACUUGAUACGUUUCUUCUAUUUCCUGUGUUUUGGGUUUCGUUUGUUUUGUGUUCUUAGUGAUUCGUGCUAU